AAGCAUUCAGCAAGGCUGUUAACAAUUUGUCUCCUGCAUUUUCUUUAAAUUUUCACUUGCAGUUUCAAAUAAAAAGCCUGUAAAGAAGACUCUAUAGCUAACCUUCUUCACAUGCAUGUGAACCAUCUUCUUUCACAUGAUUCUUAGUUGCCAAAAGCUAUUAUAAAACCCGUCUCUUUCUCGACAGCUUUCUUUUUCGCUUAUAAAUCUCGAGAUGUCCUAAGGUUUUCUUAUUAUUCACUGUGCACUACUUUUUAGUUAUCUAUCCAUAAUCAUGCAUACCAUGAAGCUCCUUUCGUCUAUACUUCUCAUCUUCCUUUUUCUACAGGUUUUUGCGGAUGCAUCAUUUCUUGAACCUCUCUCUUCUGAUUCUGUGGAUAAUGUGAAGGAGACUGGCGACAUUGCUGAUAGUCACAAGACUCAUCACCACAAAAAAAAUCACCAUCACCACAAAAAAAUUCACCAUUAUCAUAAGCAGCCGAAAAUCAAUUGCAAAUUUGCAUGCUCAAAGAGAUGCAUGAAAUCGUCGCGAAAGAAUGUAUGCAGUAGAGCUUGUGGAACAUGUUGUGAACGAUGCCACUGUGUUCCACCAGGUACCUAUGGGAACACAAAAGUAUGCCCUUGCUAUGCAAAGCUCAAAACUCAUGGAAACAAAGCCAAAUGCCCUUGAAAAUUUCAUCAGAUGAAUUCCUUAAGUCUCUCUUUAUCCAUUAUUUUAUUAUCAUAAAAUAAAAGGGAGACCCUGAACUAUGUUUUAUUUAGAUUAUGUCGUUUCAUUCUCUUAUGUACUAGAAGCAACAACUACUAGAUCCUAAUGGUGUGUAAUUUAUUCAUUGUCUCAGAGUCAGAGUUUCUACUGAAAUUUAUGAAUAAAAAAUAUAUUUAUUUAUUUCAUGA